AUGACGGCCAGCGCCAAUAACGGCGCCAACAACAACACCAACGGCGCGACGAAGCAGAGGCGGAGGGCGAAGAAGCCGAAGAGGACGAAGAGGGAGGAUCCCGCCACCAAGCGCUACAGGCUGAAGAGCCUGGAUCUUCAGCAGAAGAUCAGGCUUGCCCUGGAGGCCAGGCGUAUCGCGUCUUUAACCAAUCCUCAAAUUCCAAGGGAGUUCCACCCUUCCUUCCGAGGCAGUAGAGGUAUCCCAGCUCCUGCUGUGUUCGUUGGUCUAGAGCUUAUGGGAUGGCGCCGAUGUCAUAACGAACGAUGGAAGCAUAUGACACCCAAGGAACACGUUCGCCUGCAACAGCAAGUGCUUAAGCAGAUCGACGCCCGCCCAGCUGAGUUUGACGCAUCCACUGGCAAACGAAUCCCCUCCGCUCGUUCGAUGCUUGGCAAAGGUGGCAUACCUCCACCCGAAGGGCUGAGUGUCGAUGAAAGAUUUGCUUGGCACAAAGCACAUAACGCCCUCUGGGGGACGUUGAGCGAACGAGAGCGUUGUGAGAUGAAGCAGCAGCAAACUUCCAACGGUCACUUUCCCAGAAAAGACGCGCCCAAAAACAACAGGGAGGACGACAUCGCAAGGGAGCAGGAGACACCUAAUGCUACAGCAGCCCAGGAGGGCAUCGACUCCGUCCGCACGUCGAACAAGCGAGCUCGAUCCCCUGAAGGUUCUGAAGCCUCAUCAGACUCCUUCUACUACGAUGCCGAAGAUUUCAUCACCGACAAGGAGCCCGCCACGAUGCCCCCGAACCGGAAACGAGUGCGAUUCGACGGCCCAGAGCCAACGAUGGCGACCGAAGCACAGCUUGCGCAGCGACGUGACAGUCGAGAGGCCACCGCGGCCGACGGCCCAGAGUUCGGAGUGGCGGCCGAGGAAUCCCUCACAUCUAGCCUUGAGGUCCUAGAGCUAGCCGAAGAAUCCCUCGCGCCGCGCGUCUUCGUGACUCCGAACCCGAACGUCAACCAGCCUUUCAUACGCGUCGUCACCGUCGACUCAGAGGCCGAGUUCACGCAGAAGAUGAAUGAUGGCGACGAUACACCGGUCAGCUACUUCGACUUUGGGCCCGAGUUCCAGCUCUCGGAUCUCCACAUCCACGAGAUCCUCCUUCGCCGUCCCUCGUUCUUCCAGAGCGUCGUCCAAAUAACCGCCGGCUCGCCUGAAAUCCGCCUCCCUCUAACCGACAUCGGCCUCGUGCGCCUCAUCAGCGCCUGCCCCAUCCUCGAGAACCUCAGCAUCCACGGCGGCAUCCACCUGUCCGACCGCAGCGUCGCGGCAUUGAUCUCCAAGUGCAAGUAUAUCCGCCACCUCGCCCUCUGUGGUGCCGACUUUGAGCCGAAUAACGUAUACGGCGCUGCGUUGCAUCAGCUGUUCGGGACCCCGGUCGCGACCAGCCUGAACAAGAUCGUGCUGAAAAAUAUCAAGGUAUAUGAUGCGAUGGUCAAGAGGCUUCGGGAUGAGAGACCUGGGUUGAAAAUUAGUCAUUCUGGCUGA